UUACAUGUACAAUAGCGUUAUUUCUUAUAAAAAACUGAAUUGAAAAGUUUUGAACCAAUAUUUUUUUCUACAAUGCUAAAGGAAACGAUCACUAUUGCAGUGAUUAUUGUUUUAUUGAGCAUUAUAAAAAAGUGGUUCAGGACUUUUUGACUCAAUUUUUUAUAAUGAAUAGUGUUAUAUUAGCGAGCAUUUAAGAACUAUUAUUCUUCACAAUGUUCAAUGAAGCAGCAAUUAACUAUAACAGUUGUAAUCAUUUUAUUGAGCAUUGCAGAAAAAAAUGGUUCGGAAUUUUUCAACUCAAUUUUUUACAAAGAAUUACGCUAUAUAGUCGGUGCUAUUUAAAAUACACUCUGCAGUAUACUAUCAGAGAGGAUCCUCUCUGAUACUAUUAUUGUAAAACAUAAAAUAAAAAGAUUUUUUAAUAAAAUUAUAAAUAUCAAAUAUUAUAAUAGAAGAAAAUAAUUUGUAGAAAAUUUGGUUUGUUCCUUUUUAACUCUGAAGUUUUUAAGUUUUUAACAAUAAAUUUUAUUAUUCGUGUUUUUAAUUUUUAUACUUAAAUUAUAGUGACCUACUGACUGGCGCAAAAUAGUUUAGAUGAAUGAAUUCCCUAGUGCCGUAGAGAAGAAAUAAUUGAGAAAUUGGCAAAAGUGUUUCGCGCAUCUAAAAUGUAUGAUUUUACUAACCUCUUUAGAUUUUACGUUUGCACGUGAGUGAGAUGCGCAUCUAACCUCGUAUGACUUGUGUAAAUUUCAUUUAAUGUCGAAGACAAUGGGACAGAAAAAAGUCUCGAAGAGAAAAUAUGUUAAUUCGAAAUUGGAAGAAAAUAAAAAUGAAAUUAAAAAGGAUGUACAUGUUCCAGAUAAAGCAAAGCACUCUGACAUGGAAGAUUUGAUAGCAGCUCAAAUCAAUAUUGAUGAAGACGCCACGGAUGAAGAAGUAGAAGAAGACGCGGUUGUACCUAGUUCAGACGAAGAAGUAGAAGAAGAUAAAGUUAUAUUUGAUUCAGAUGUGGACGAUGAUUCCGAGGAUAAUGAAGAUAGUGAGGAUAAUGAAGAUACCGAGGAUAAUGAAGAUAGUGAGGAUAAUGAAGAUACCGAGUCGGAAAGCAGUUUUUAUGAAGAUGUACAAGAAGAUUCAUCAAUCAAAUCAAAAGAUAAAUUAAAAAAUAAAAGUAAAAGCAAAGAACCUCCAACAUUUAAAGGCAAGACAUCAACAAAAAAAGUUACGCCAAUAAUUAACGAAUUGAAAAACAAUAAUCGCAAGGAUUUUGAUAAAUCACAGGUGCAUAAAGAUAAUGCACAUAAUGAACAAAAAACUAAAAGUAUAUCUAACAAUGACGAAGACGAAUAUGUACAUGAUAGUUCUGAUGAGGAAGAUAUUCGUAACACAAUUGGGAAUGUACCAAUGAAGUGGUAUGACGAAUUUGAUCAUGUUGGAUAUGAUUGGGAAGGCAAAAAGAUUUCUAAACCUGAGAAGGGUGAUGAAUUGGACAACUUUUUGAAAAGAAUGGAGGAUCCCGACUUCUGGAGAACUAUAAAAGAUCCUCAAACUGGUCAGGAUGUUGUGCUGAGCGAAGCGGAUGUAGAUUUAAUUGUCAGAAUUCAAAAGCAGAAAAUUCCUGAUGUUCAAUUUGAUGAAUAUACACCAUGGGUGGAUUGGUUCACUUCUGAAGUAAUGAAAACGCCACUUCGCAAAUUCCCAGAGCAUAAACGUUCUUUCCUACCAUCUAAGAAUGAAGCUAGAAAAGUAUCGAAAUUGGUACAUGCUCUCAAGAUGGGUUGGAUCAAAUCUACCACUGAAAUGCAGAAGGAAAGAGAAAAGAAUCAAGGGCCACAGUUUUAUAUGCUAUGGCAGUCUGAUGAUCAGGCGGAGGAAAUGCGUAGGAUCCAUAAGCAUAUUCCAGCACCGAAAAGACAUUUGCCUGGUCAUGCGGAGAGCUAUAAUCCUCCACCGGAAUAUCUAUUUGAUAACAAGGAACUUAAAGAAUGGAAUAAAUUAAAGGCAACUCCGUGGAAAAGAAAGUUACAUUUUAUGCCGCAGAAAUUCAAUUCUCUUCGAGAAGUGCCUGCUUAUCCAAGAUAUAUCAAAGAAAGAUUUCAGAGGUGUUUAGAUCUGUACUUGUGCACUAGAUCAUUAAAGAUGAGAUUAACGAUUGAACCCGAGGUCUUGGUUCCACAAUUGCCUAGUCCAAAGGACUUGCAACCAUUCCCAACAACAAUGUUUAUGGUAUUUAAAGGACAUACAGAUAUGAUCAGAAGCAUUACUGUAGAACCAGAGGGUCAGUUUAUUGCAUCUGGUGGAGAUGAUAUGCUGUUGAAGAUAUGGCAGGUGAGUACAGGCAGAUGCUUAAAAACGGUGCCCUGCGGUGGCGUCAUUCGAAGUGUUGCCUGGCGUCCAAACCAAGCUAUGUCGUUGAUAGCCGUUGCAGCUGACAAAAAAGUGCUCUUAAUAAAUCCUGGAAUUGGAGAUAAUCUUAUUACCAGCAAAACCGAUCAACUUUUGGAGAUAAUACCACAGAGUGAAAUAAUAGUGAGUGACAGGGUGCAAAGUGCAGUACAAUGGGAGCAAGCGGAGGGUGAACAUUGGAACAAUGGAAUUAGGAUAAUUUUAAAUCAUUUUAAAAUUGUAAAGCAAGUAACAUGGCACGGAAAAGGAGAUUAUUUUGCUACAGUCAUGCCAGAUGGUCAAAAUAGAUCAGUUUUGAUAAAUCAGUUAUCAAAACGAAGAUCUCAGUUACCUUUCAAUAAGUCAAAAGGAUUAAUACAAUGUGUGCUAUUUCAUCCGAUUAGACCAUAUUUAUUUGUUGCGACACAAAGGAAUGUGAGAAUAUACGAUCUUGUACAACAGGUGAUGGUCAAAAAGUUAUUAUCCAACUCACAGUGGAUAUCAACAAUGGAUAUUCACCCAGGAGGUGAUAAUGUCUUAGUAGGGACAUACGAUCGCAAAAUGCUUUGGUUUGAUUUGGAUUUCAGUAAAGAGCCUUAUCAAACAUUGCGAUUACAUGGAACGGGCGUACGCGCUGUAGCAUUUCACAGACGGUAUCCUCUGUUUGCUUCUGGAGCUGAUGAUAGGGCACUAAUUGUAUCUCAUGGAAUGGUGUACAAUGAUCUUUUACAAAAUCCGUUAAUUGUGCCACUGAAAAGAUUGUGUAACCACGAAUCGUAUAAUGAUUUUGGCAUUUUGGAUGUCAUGUUUCAUCCUAUCGAACCGUGGGUAUUUUCCGCUGGUGCUGACUUUACCAUACGAAUGUAUACAUAAAUACAUGCAUAUAGAUGUUCAGAAUUUCUCUUAUGGAUCAUAUUGCCGUUGUAAGAAAAAAUUAUUCUAUCACCUUUUCCCCUAAUUUUAUGUAAAAUUCGUAAAAUACAUAUUAUCUAUUUUUAUGUUUUUUAUGCUUCAUAUAAAUUCCUUGUAAUAAAUAUAAUAUAAAUUGAAAUAGCAUAUAACAAAAUGUAGGAACUUGUAUACUUGCAUUAAAGUAAUUAAACACGUUUGAUCAAA